UUUCAUCAUUGAGAGCUACAGGUAAUUUGGGUUAAUUAGAUGUAUGUGGUUCAUCCUCCUAAGCGGACUGAUCCGCUAAGUACUGGAUCGACAACUAGGUCAGAAGAUUUACGAGUUUACCAGACAUGGAAAGGAAACAAUAUAUUUCUCCUCCAAGGAAGAUUUCUGUUUGGACCAGACGCCAGAUCUUUGUUCUUGACCAUUUUCCUAAUUGUUGCCCCUGUUUCAAUAUUCUGCCUAUUUGUUGCUAGAAAAUUGAUUGAUGAUUUCACACACAAUUCAGGGAUAUCAAUUAUGGUCAUCGCUAUUGUCUUCACAGCUUAUGACUUACUUCUUCUCCUUAUAACUUCUGGAAGAGAUCCUGGCAUCAUACCACGAAAUGCAAACCCUCCAGAAUCAGAAGCCAUUGAUGGGAUUCCAGAAGGGGUCAAUUCACAGAGGCUACCACGUACGAGAGAAGUGACGGUUAAUGGUGUUCAUGUUAUGAUUAAGUACUGUGAUACGUGCAUGCUUUAUCGUCCUCCUCGUUCCUCCCAUUGUUCGAUCUGCAACAAUUGUGUCGAAAGAUUCGACCACCAUUGUCCUUGGGUUGGCCAGUGUAUUGGUUUGAGAAACUACCGAUUCUACUUCAUGUUUGUUUCCUCCACAACCAUCCUGUGUUUAUAUGUUUUCGGUUUCAGUUGGGUGUAUAUUAAGAGAAUUAUGGAUUCUGAAGGUAUAAAUAUAUGGAAAGCCAUGAUCAAAACCCCUGCCUCCAUUGCUCUAAUUCUUUACACCUUCAUAUGCAUGUGGUUUGUUGGAGGUCUAUCCGCCUUCCAUUUAUAUCUCAUGAGCACCAAUCAGACAACCUACGAGAAUUUCAGGAAUCGUUAUGACAGGAAAGAAAAUCCUUACAACAGAGGAGUCUUCUGGAAUCUCAUGGAGAUAUUCUGCACGAGAAUCCCUUCUUCGAAAAACAAUUUCCGGGGAACUGUUGUGAGAGAAUUGGGAUUACCAGCUCCAUCGUUUGAUGAGGGAUUUGUUAGUCCUAACGUGGGAUCAAAAUGUGGGGAUGACAUAGAAAUGGGGCGUAAAGGGGUAUGGUCGGAUGUGGGAAUUGAAACGGACGAUGGCGAAGGAAUAAUGAUGGAUGUGAAGGAUAGACCACAGGGAGAGACAUCCCCGGAAAUAAAAAGUUGGAUUGGUGGUGGAGUAAACACUAGGCGGUCGAGCCAGAGAAGGAAAAGCGGGAGCUGGGAAAUGUCGCCGGAAGUCGUGGCAAUGGCCGCCAGGCUUGGGGAGCAGCACGCCGGUGGUGGUGGGAGUAGCACAACUACUACAUAGAGCUAACUGAUUUUUAUUUAGUUUGGUGUUUGAAGUGUUG